UCACAUAGACCUAUUGCUCAGGCAUUAAUCAUCAAGAUAUUAACUUCCUCCCUCACGUCCCUUUUGUUCUAGCCUGAAGAGGCAAAAAGACUUUUAAAAGGUUCUUCUCAGGGUUUGCUCCAGGUGUGAAGUAUAUUUCAGUGAUGUCUCCUCCACUCAAUACGGACUUGGGCUACAUCCCUCCAGACGGGGGCUGGGGAUGGGUUGUGGUCUUUGGAGCGUCCAUCUCCGCCGGAUUUGCUUACUCCUUCCCUAAGGCUUUCACCAUCUACUACAAAGAACUCCAAGCUGUUUACAGCAUCUCAUACAGCCAGAUUGCAUGGAUCUCUUCCAUUAUGUGUGCCUCAACCUACGGAGGAGGCCCCCUUAGCAGUAUCCUGGUGAACCGUUUUGGCAGCCGACCGGUGGUCAUGUUUGGAGGUCUGCUGUGUGGCAUCGGGAUGGUCUCUGCAUCUUUUUGCACAAGCAUUUUCCAACUGUACAUCUGCGCUGGACUCAUCACAGGACUUGGCCUUGCCUUCAACCUCCAGCCUUCGGUGAUCAUCAUUGGGAAGUAUUUCCUGAAAAGACGCCCAGUCGCCAAUGGUCUGGCCAUGGCAGGGAGCCCCGUCAUGCUCUGCACACUGGCCCCCUUGAACCAACUCCUUUUUGACAUGUUUGGAUGGAGGGGCAGCUUUUUCAUUCUCGGGGCGCUCCUCCUUAACUGCUGUGUGGCUGGAGCGCUCUUCCGACCCAUUAGACCUCCAGCUGGUCCCCCCAAAGGACCAGCAAACAAACAAGCUACAGAGACCCUUCAAAAAGAGCAGCCUGAUUUAGGCCUUGUUGAAGUGGCUGGCGAAGAAGAGAAGGAGGACAAAAACUGCUGUGAGAAUUUUAACAGAUUCCUAGAUUUCUCUCUUUUCAAGCACAGAGGCUUUCUGAUCUAUUUGAUAGGGAAUGUGCUCAUGUUUCUAGGCUUUUUCGCCCCUAUCGUCUUUUUGGCUCCUUAUGCGAAGCACCUUGGGAUUGAUGAAUAUUCAGCCGCGUUCCUCCUUUCAAUCCUUGCCAUAGUUGACAUGAUAGCCAGACCAACUACUGGGAUCAUUGCAAACAGCAAAUGGGUCAGGCCAAAGAUUCAGUAUUUUUUCAGCUUCUCCAUUGCUUUUAAUGGAGCCUGUCACCUCCUCUGCCCUUUGGCCACAGGCUAUUCAGGCCUUGUGGUGUAUUCUGUCUUUUUUGGACUGGCUUUUGGUAUGGUUUGCGCCAUGCUUUUUGAAACGCUCAUGGACCUUGUGGGUGCCAGUCGCUUCACAAGUGCGGUAGGACUGGUCACUAUCGUGGAAUGCUGCACUAUAUUACUUGGACCACCCAUCGGGGGAACUCUUAUUGACACGUUUGGAGAUUACAAAUAUAUGUUCAUUAAAUGUGGGUCAGUGAUGGUCUUGGCCGGGAUAUUCCUCUUUAUCAUGAAUUACUACAACUACCGAAUGCUUGCAAAAGAAGAAAAAGCAAGGAGAAAACAUGAGGCAGAGAAGAAAGAUGAUGAAGCUGUAAGGACUCCCACACUUCCUGGGGAAGAAAAUACCACAAAGGUGGAAAAAAUGCAGGAUGGCCAUGAAGCAAUCCCUCUGAGAACUGAGGAGGAAGGACUAAAGAACGGGGCACAGAUAAUAAGUGAAGCCUAAUUCUUUCUAGACAAGAUCUUCUAAGUGGGAAAAUGUCUUUUGCAUAUUUCUUACAAUGGUUAAAAAUAUAUAGUUUGACAUUUAUAUUGAGCCUUUUAAAACUGUAUUGUCCAUGGCUUCCAAAAGCUUAAGAGAAAACAAGUCCACUUCUAUGUAUGUGGCAAAAAAGUGUAGCACUUGUAUCCUCAGAAGAACCAGCAUGGUGUAGUGGUCUGAGCAUUGGAUCAUGACUCUGGAGACCAGGGUUUGAAGCCUUGCUUAGCCAUAGAAACUCAUUGGAUGACUUUGGGCAAGUCAAAAAGUCUCAGAGGAGGGCAAAAGCGACCCCCAUCUGAACCAAAUCUAUGAAGACACCCCCGUGAUAUUCUUGCCUUAGGGUUGCCAUAAGUUGGAAAUGGCUUGAAGUUGCACAAGAACAACUUGUACCCUCAAGCACCAAGAGUUGUAUAAUCACAGUUCAGCUUUGAAGUGACAGGAUUUUGCCUCCACAACAUUUGUUGGAGAGAGGUGAUGUCUCAAGUAAUGGCUGCAUAUAUACAGGAUAAGCCAAAGGUCCAGGUUCAGACUCCAGCAUAUUCAGUACGAAUGAUCUCAGGACAAUGCUUGGGAAAGGCCUUUCUCUGACAGCCACAGAGCCUCACCUUGGACUUCCCACAGAUAGAUAGAUAGAUAGAUAGAUAGAUAGAUAGAUAGAUAGAUAGAUAGAUAGAUAGAUAGAUAGAUAGAUACACACACACACACACACACACACACCUUCCUUGCUGAGUUUCUCCAUACCUCACAACCUCUGAGGAUGCCUGCCAUAGAUGUGGGCAAAACGUCAGUAGAGAAUACUUCUAGAACAUGGCCAUACAGCCCGAAAAACAUACAACAACCCAGCCACAGAACACUUUUUAACAGUUACUUCUAACCCAUGCAGACAGUGCUCUGCUAGAUGGACCAGUGGUAUAACCUGGUAUAAGGGACUAUUCAUUCCUUCAUUUCUCUUCUGAUGUUCACUACAUGCAACCCUUGUGCUGGCAGGACUGCUGAACGAAAUGUUGGUGGUUCGAAUCCGGGGAGUGGGGUGAGCUCCUGUCUGUCAGCUCCAGCUUUCCAUGUGGAGAUAUGAGAGAAGCUUUUCACAGCAUGAGAAAACAUCCAGGCGUCCCCUUGCAGAUGGCUAAUUCUCUCACACCAUAAGCAACUUGCAGUUUCUCAAGUUGCUUUUGACACACACACACACACACACACACACACACAAACUAUAUGCAAUGGCUGCUGAGUGACUACCCUGUACUGGUGCUAAUCUAGUAUGCUGGAUAAGAUGUGACCUUAAUUCAAAAAGACUCUGAAGAGGUAAAAUGUCACAAUUGACAUAUAUUGUUUAUAAAUACACAUUUGGAAAUGUAUUCUUUGUUUUCAGGAAAAAAUAGAUGUAAACCUGUUGGACCUGAAUGCUACAAAACUUGGGCAUAGUUCUUAUACAAGUUUUGUUUGUUUUUACACAAUACCAUUUGCUAUGUUAUACUUACCCCACACAUCUUUUGUUGACUUUCUAUCCAUGUAUUUUCUAACAAUUAAAGACGGGUUAUCUUUU